CCUAAUAAUAUCAUCCAUCUUCUGUUUUUCCCCUAUUAAUAGGAGCCCAGAUUCAUAUUUUUUAUCCAAAAUUGUCAACGAUCUUCCACCCAGAUUGAAAGGGAUGCCUCGUUGGAAUGUUCUAGAAAGAAGGCCGGCCCCUCGAGAAGCCUCCGGGUCGUUCCCCUGCCUCUGCCUACUACUAGUAGUGGAGGGGCAUGGUCUCACGCUACUCGCUAACUACUCGCCGCAGCCAGGCAGACGAGACAGACAGAUCCCCUUCCCCUGCCGCCGCCGCCGACCCCCAAAUCAAAACCCUAGCUAGACCCCAAGACACGCAGAAGCAGAAGCAGAAGCAGGCAUGGCCACCAUCCCCACCACAGAUUCCGGCCUCCUCCUCGGUUCCUCCGCUCUCCUCCGGAGGACUAGGAGGGCCGCCUCGUCCGCCAGGCUUCCCGCCGCCGCCCGCCGUCGCCCGCAGCUCCUCGUGCGCGCCUCCGCCAAGGAGAUCGCCUUCGACCAGGGCUCCAGAGCCUCCCUUCAGGCCGGCGUCGAGAAGCUCGCCGCCGCGGUCGGCGUCACCCUCGGACCCAGAGGAAGGAAUGUUGUCCUGGAUGAGUUUGGAACCCCCAAAGUGGUCAAUGAUGGAGUUACCAUUGCUCGUGCUAUUGAGCUCGCAGAUCCCAUGGAGAAUGCUGGUGCUGCAUUGAUUCGUGAAGUUGCUAGCAAGACGAAUGACUCGGCUGGUGACGGAACCACUACCGCCUCUGUUCUCGCUAGGGAAAUCAUAAAAUUGGGUAUGUUGAGCAUUACUUCAGGGGCAAAUCCAGUGUCAGUUAAGAAGGGCAUUGAUAAGACUGUUCAGAAAUUGGUGGAGGAACUUGAGAAGAAGUCCAGGCCUGUCAAGGGUAGCGGGGAUAUUAAAGCUGUUGCUGCCAUAUCAGCUGGAAAUGAUGAAUUUGUUGGGACUAUGAUUGCUGAAGCUAUUGACAAGGUUGGCCCUGAUGGUGUCCUCUCAAUCGAGUCAUCAUCAUCAUUUGAGACGACAGUUGAAGUUGAAGAAGGGAUGGAGCUUGACAGAGGAUAUAUCUCCCCUCAGUUUGUCACCAAUCCUGAAAAAUCUACUGUUGAGUUUGAAAAUGCUCGGAUUCUUGUCACUGAUCAGAAGAUAUCAUCGAUAAAAGAAAUCAUUCCUCUGUUGGAGCAGACAACACAGUUAAGAGCACCACUUCUUAUAAUUGCAGAGGAUGUAAGUGGCGAGGCGCUGGCAACAUUAGUUGUAAACAAGCUUAGAGGAAUUCUAAAUGUGGCUGCAAUCAAAGCUCCUGGCUUUGGUGAGAGGCGUAAAGCUCUUCUUCAGGACAUUGCCAUUGUUACAGGUGCUGAAUAUCAAUCCAAAGAUCUUGGUCUACUAGUUGAGAAUACAACAGUAGAGCAGCUUGGCAUAGCUCGGAAAGUUACAAUCUCAAGUUCCUCGACUACCAUUAUAGCAGAUGCUGCUAGCAAAGAUGAUAUCCAGGCCAGAAUUGCUCAGCUGAAGAGAGAGCUUUCUCAGACGGACUCGGCUUAUGACUCUGAGAAGUUGGCAGAGAGAAUUGCAAAGCUUUCUGGUGGAGUUGCUGUGAUCAAGGUUGGAGCCUCAACCGAGGCGGAGCUUGAGGACCGCAAGCUCCGCAUAGAGGACGCAAAGAAUGCAACUUUUGCAGCUAUAGAGGAAGGUAUUGUUCCAGGAGGUGGUGCAGCCUAUGUUCAUCUCUCAACAUUUGUACCGGCUAUCAAGGAGACGUUGGAUGAUCCUGAAGAGCGGCUUGGUGCCGAUAUCAUUCAGAAGGCUUUGGUGGCACCUGCAGCGUUGAUAGCACAUAAUGCUGGGGUGGAAGGUGAGGUGAUUGUGGAUAAAAUCAGGGAAAGCGAAUGGGAGUUUGGUUAUAACGCCAUGGCGGACAAGCACGAGAACCUGGUGGAGGCUGGUGUGAUCGACCCUGCGAAAGUGACAAGGUGUGCCCUGCAGAACGCCGCCUCGGUGGCUGGAAUGGUGCUGACUACCCAGGCAAUCGUUGUGGAGAAGCCCCAGAAGGCUCCUGCAGCUGCAGCGGCACCCUAGGAUUCUUCCACACCAUGUAAUACUUACUAGGCACGGAACAGGCACUAGCGUGCAAAAAAGAAGAAAAAAAAAUGUGGUGAUCCUUAGAGUGACAAGGGAGAGAAAACUGAUAAACUAUUUUUUUUGUCAUGCGUGGGCAAGAAUAAAUUGAAUCAAUGUGGGAUCCAUGGGGCGAAUUGCUA